GUCAUCGAUAUGGCGGAAGUGGGACAGGACAACUUUAAAAUUCUAUCCUCGUUCAAAUUACGACAUAGAAUUACUGACUAGGACACGGUUAGAUGAAGCUGGUAAUCACUUGUCAGAGUUGUUGGUUUAACCGAUACCAAUAUGGGAUGUAUGUAUUCCAGUGCAGAUAGAUCUGACAGAAAUUCUAGAACAUUCCGUGUCUACAACGUGGAUGAAAAUGGGGAUGAGUUGAAUUCUGGAAAGAUUGAAGUCACAGAUGUAGAUUUAAUUCUACAUCAAAAAGGAAAAGACCCCAUUCAUUGGCCAUUGCGUUGUCUUAGACGAUAUGGAUGUGACCAAGAGUUAUUUUCCUUUGAAAGUGGUCGACGUUGCCCCACUGGUCCUGGUAUUUAUGCAUUCAAAUGCCGCAGGGCUGAGUCCCUGUUUGCUGCUGUACAAGAGUGCAUACAGAGAGCAGGACAGCAAGAUGAACUUGGGGCAAAUCAGGCAUUUGACCAUAACAUCCACAGCAGUCGACCAUCCUCCGUAAUAGAAAUGCAGCAAGUGAAUGGAUUUGUCGUACAGCCAGGUAGUUUACAAACAAAUGCUCUGACAAGAGACAUCAACUACAUAAAUGUUGACACAUCAGUUGAUGCUGACCACCAGUAUGUGAACGUCAACACCAGUGGAGCUAAUGGCACUAGACAGCGUAGUUUACCUAAUGGUGGAAUGGACAGUGUGAAUGCAGAGUCAGUACUGAUUGAUUUCUUACACAAUCCUAAGCUUCCGCAAGGUAGUGAUUACAAUAGAAAUUCGGCAGGUUUACAGUAUAUCAGACUAGAUUUGCCAGAAAGUGCAGAAGAUGAGUGCGAAGAGACUGGUGUGCUUGCUAGUCAAAAUGGUGUCAACCGCCCGAGAAUGCAAUCAGAGCCAGAUGUGGACGGGGGUGAUGAUCAUGGUUUGCCAAACAUGGAGUUAGAUGAGACAAUAAAUGGUGAUGUGUUUGAUGAUCCUCCAUUUGAGACUGGGAAUCAGCCCGACUACAUGAAUGUGGGUGCAGAUGGAAUUAGAAUGAACAAUGGAAAUCCAGUGCAGUUGCGUCAUCCCAAAACUGCAGAUCACAACUAUUUGAAUAUUUCACAUCCAAUUCCCGCAUCAAACAGUGGCAGUGUGCCGUCUUGUGCCCCACCCCUACAGGGACCUGGACGUCUCAACUACAUAGAAGUGGCGAACCUUACAAACGGCACAGGUACGACCACACCCACCUCUCCUGUGUCCUACAACUCUUACCCUGUAGAAUCACCCAGCAAAAGGACGGACAGUUACACUGUGAUUGACUUUGCCAAAACUCAGGCUCUGUCCAACUCGUCCCGUGUGAUGAGUGAUGCUGCAGGGGAGGGAAUUCGUAAGACCCGCCAUAACAGCACAAUCACCAGCUAGUGGAUCCAGCUUGUCCUCUGUGUUAAAUAUAUAGUAUUAUUUAUGGAUGUGUGUCUAUAUAUAUAUUGAUAUAGUGUACAUGUGUCAGUGAAACUGUUACAUAUAGUACUACUGUUUGUAUACAGAUUCAGUCAAAUUGUGAUUCAUUUGUAUCCAUGUUGUACUAAUAAGUAUUACUGAUAUUGAUCACAAUUACAAGCAUUGGCAUGUACAGAAGAUUUUUUUUGGAUUUGUAUAAAUUAUUUGAUGUCAAGAGAAAGCUGAGGAAUUUUGUAAACUGUAGCACUAAUGUACAUCUAGCAGUGACUGGGUGGGAUAAUAUGCUGAUAAUAGUCUGAUAUACAUGUAUGUAAUGUGCAAUGUCUGUGAACAAAUCCCCCCCCCCCCAAAAAAAACCCACCAACCUCUAGUACAAUUUAUUGACCUACUGAUAAAUGAAGCAGUGAACUAACUGUUAGUCUUUGUAUUCUGACUCUUGAUCUACUGUUAAGUGUGAAGGGUUUUUAAGGUCUCUAUAGGGUUUUUAAGGUCUCUAUAAUAACAGAUGACUUCUUUUAUUUUUAUUUAUUUUUAUUUUUAACAAUGAUGUCGACUAACUACACAUGUCCGAUAGUAGUGUGCAAUGGAACAUGUUCUUAGUCCGAAUAUUCAACACGUUCAUUUUGAUGAAAAAAACAGUGUUGACUGCCAGUAUAGAUUAUAUAUAAAUGUUAAGUACAGUUACCGUAAUAGAUAAUGCAAGAAUCAUUGCUAUUUAAUUGAUUUGUUUUAGCUUGGAAUCAUUGUUUAACAAUCACUUGACCCUUUCAUCCCUAUGUAAAUUUAGUAGACUCUACCACUCAUUGAUCUGGAUAAUGGUAAUGUCCAUUAUGGUCUUCAGUGGUGAAAGGGUAAAGGUCUCUCUAUUAUCAUGUGACCAUCACUGUAAUUAAGACUUGAAGUCCCAAAUAAACAAAUUUACUAUUUUAACAUUUAAAAAAAAAAAAAAAUUACACUCAGUUGCGAGUCAAACAAUUUAUGUUUUCACCAAUACAUGUACUUGAAAAUUAACGCAGUAGUCUGGCUGCGAAGUCCCCCACCCCUACUUUAUGACUUGCGGUUACAGUCAUAUUGUAAACAGCCAAACUUACAGAACAUAUUUGGUAUUUUAGAAUAGUUGUUGUAAUGUGUACAUGUACAUUCCCACUUUAUAGGAGCUAAUACAACUUUCAACUGACCUUGUAAAUAAUUUGACAUUUGAAAUGGGGUAAACAGAAAUAUUUUGACAUUUUCAAAUAAGAUGUUAUUGUAAUUUUUCUCCAUUGCUGGACUUGUUGAUCAUCAUAAAGUAAAUUUGUAUGUGAUAUAUGACACAGACUAAUAUUGAACCACACUCUCAAAUUUUAUCAGCAUACUGUACUAAUUUAAUCUUUGUGGUAUUUGGGAAGCUCAGGAGAGUCUGUGUAGAAAACAAGAAUUUGUCACUUUGAUUUAUUUUAUUAUAAACAUCCACCAAAGAGUACACGUAUUACAGUGUUGUUUAGAUGUGUGUUAGCCUUAUACAUGUCUGUACAUCCUGUAAAUAACAAUAAAUAGUCAGCUCUUUUAACGACAUACAAAGCAGAAAGGAUGAAAAAUUUGAUAGGCAUGGCAUAUACCAUUUACCUACUCCUAUAACAGAAGAGGCUGCUGGUCGGCCUUUUUUCUAUCGGAUAUGAUUUUGCCGUUACAUGAUGCCUGUCAAAAGUAUCUCACCUUGUAAACCUCUAACACUGUUGGAGUAACCAUUUACCUAAUUUAGUCCAUAUCUGCCAUCUUUAAUUUCAAAGAAGCAGACCCUAACAACCCUUUACCCCAAUCAUGCUACAGGCCAAUUAUGUUUAUGCUUUAUGGAACUCAAAGAGAAGUUUGUUCACCAGAUCAAACUACUAGGAGUCUGAUAGUGACAUGUAUAUCAAUAAUUUAAAAUGAUCUGGGUCAUUGAACUUCUGAGCUGACGACCUUGAAAUUUCACAUGUUUUUAUGUUGCUUACUUUGAUCCUAAUCCACGCAAGGGAUGAAAUAAUAUUGUUUAAUGUAACUGCAAUGAAGAACAUAUAACAUUCUCCCUGUACAUUGUAUCGUACAACCCAUAUACUUAAUACCAUUUUUCGGUUAAGAUGACAUCAGAGGUUGGAGUUGAUCAUGUAAUUGAUUGAGUCAUACAAAAUGUAAAUCAUGUGCAGGAACGUGUAAUGAUUAUACAUGUAUGUAUUACUGCAGUAAGUUAUGACAUAUUUGAAAUAGUUGUAAGAUACUCUAAUAAAUGUCAUUAACAUAAAUACAUUAUAUACAUGUAUAGCAGACUAAAGUGUCUAAUAACACAAACACAUACAUUCUGUAUGCCGUAUUUGCUGUAAUAAGUGCCCAGGGCACUUCAAAAUUUGCUUAAAGGGGAGCACUUAUUAAGGUAAUAACAGGUGAUUUAUGACGAAUUUCAUCCAUUGAUAUCACAUUACAAACAAACCAGUGUGGCAGAAGAUCUGGAAAUCAAAUAUUUCAUCCACUUCACAGAAAGUCCAGCCAUGAUCACCAGUCAAAAUCUCUGCUUUAAAGUAUCGAUACUAUUAAUCAUUGAUUGGGCCUGGUCAAGACUUGGAGGGAAGAUCUAGAGGGGUCUGUAAUUGUGUUUCCUCCUGAAAAAAAGGGAGGGCCACUUAUAAGGGAAGGGGCGCUAAUUUUGGCAAAUAUGGUCAAGAUUAAUAAACUGUAAAUGAACUUCAUACACCUAUAUAUAUAUAUUGUGUGUGUAUUAUAGUAGAUUAUUAGAUAGUCUAUUAGCAUAGAUAUAUGCCUAGAUAAUUACAUUGUAUAGUAGAUGCACAUCAGUUCAUCCAAUUCAUACUAAUUAAUUUGUACAUGUAUCCUGUUAUAUUUUCAUAUGUACACAAACAAGUUAAUUUGCCCAUGGCGCUAAACAUAUAAAGCAUUAUCUUUGUACGUGUAUAUAUAUGUGUGCUAUAUAAUAAGCAUUACUUUUUUUCUUUUUUUGUAAAAGAAGGUCAGUAAAUAUAUGUUGGUACAUACCUAUAGUGGAAUUUUGAGUUCCCUUCCUGUCAUAUUUGUGUGUAUAACAACGUUAACAAUAAUAAUGACAAAAAAACAUGAGAAAAAAUAUGAAAAUUAAAGCUAACAGUAGUAAUUAGUGAUGUAUAAUGGUACAAUGUUGGUAUCAUCCAUGGUUGAUGCUCGGAAAAGUGAAAUCCUUACACUGCUUCAUUUGGUGCAUUAUAAAUUCAGUCUUGUUUUUUUUAAGUUCCUGAAUUUUCAUCAGCUUCUCUGAUCCUGUUUCAUAUCCUUUUUCUAAUCUCUCAUUCAAGUGAGCUUAAUUUUUACAGUGAUGUUGAUCUCUCAUUUGCAAUUACCUGGGAAAAAAAAAUUUCAGCAGGGUGGAUCAAAAAUGUAAUACCGUGGAAAAAAGUGAUGUCUGUUGCAGGUAUUUUUUUUCCUUAACUUCAUGAGUAUACUUUUACAACAAAUAUACAUGCCCAACAAAAUGUUUUUUAGCGAUAUUAUUCAUAUAUGGGUUUUUUACCUGUAUCCGAAAUAAUCUAAACCACACAUUCUUAUUUUGUCAAAAACACAAAGUUUGAGUCUGAAAAAAUUGUUAUGAAUGAAAUAAGAAAUUCAACAGCAGAAAAAAAAUUGAAAUCAAUAUACAAUAAAACCCCUUCAGAAUAUAUUUUUGACUGGGGGGGAGGGGUGUUUUGGAUUAUUAUUUUAAUAAGAAAAUCCAAAAUGUUUAUGUAAAGAGGCAAUAUCUUGCUAAUUACAGAAAAUCUGUAGUUAGACUAGUAAUUAUCUCUUAAUGUAGACAAAAUACAUUGUACAUUAAAAUGUAAAUGAUAUACAAAUACAUUAUGAUAGUAUGUUUACAUUAACCUGAGCAAGUUUGAUAUUGUUGUCUUAAUAUCAAUGAAACAUGCAGAACUGUUAUGUGUUACACAUUUUAAAAUUGCUCAUCAUUAUUUUAAAGGUGCCUCCAAAUGUAGGCCAGCUAGCUAUAGUCAUUUACUAUCAGGGACGGGAUCUCACGUUUAUAGGAAUAAGUGGACACAUUUCAUCAGAGAACGUCUACAUCUUGUUUUGGACGAAGACAAAAUACACAGACUGUUUUGAAAUAGAUAUACCCAAUAGUUUGUUUGUUAAGAAAGUGGAUGAAUUUUCAAACAUUAAGAUUUUAAACAAUUUUGGCACAACAAGAUGGAAAGUACAUACUAAUCCAAUCACAGAAACUGUUUGAAUCAUAAAGUUAAUUUACAAACUUUAUGAUGUAUCCAUAAUUGACCAAAGAUGUUUGGAAGGGAGGUAAUCUUGAUUGUCUCCCUUCUGGAUUGAUAAUGAGGAAUACACUUGAAUCAACAUAUGUGCAUUAACUUACGUUAAGGGCCCACAAUGUGAAAGGAAAUGUUAAGUAACACUGUUUCUGUAAAGAUUAGAUCAGUGAUAUUGUACAUGGACGGUAAAACAUGUUUAUAACAAACAAAUGCUCAACUUUCACAAAACAAUUUAUAGGUUGUUUUUUUGCUGAACUCCAAUUUUGAUUUUAAAAAUGUGAUAGCAUUGCUUAAAUUAAAAGUUAAAAAAUACAUUAAUCUAAGCAACACUGAUAUGAAAUGGCUCUCGUACAAGCUUGACAUUUGUUCUUACAUGUAGUAAACCUGUUUUACUGUGUUUACUGUAUGCACUAUGUGAAAUGUCUUAAUACUAUGCAGUGUCAAUGCAACAUGUAACGUGAUUAGACAUUGGAAUAUUUGAUAUAAAUAUUAACUGCUUUGUAAUUACCCUGCUUGGAUAUGUAUUUUUGGAAAGAACUAUAUAUAGAUAUAUCAUAGGUUUAUAAUGAAAUAUUAAAAUCAUGUUUACCUUAUAAGAUUAAUAUUCUGCAAAUGUCCCACUAAACUGAAUAGAGCAUCUGUAAAAUUUUACAAACAGUUUUUUUUAAUUAUAAGUUUCAUAAUGGGUUGGGGUUUUUUGGGUUUUUUUUCUUUAAUUUUGCUUAUUGCAUAUUUUGCUAAGAAGUUUAAAAGAAAAUGGCAGUUGAAUUUUGAAAAACAAUGUGAUAAAACAUCUUUUAUGCUUUAAGUCAAUGUUCAUAAUAUAUUGACUCAGUAACUAUUACCUGCUCUAACAAAGCAUAAGAGAGUCUGAAUGAGCCAAAAACUAUAAUUUACCUGGAUAAUCAAAGUUACUUAACUCAUACAUAAUGUUAACUUUGUUUAUUUGUUAUGAAAGAAGUUCCAGCUUAUAUUAAUCACAUUUGUUUUGGCCAGGAAUGAAGGGAACAGUGAGUUUUAAUGUCGAGGGAAUUCAGAAUACCUGGAGAAAACCCACAUGGUCAGUCAGGUGACCCAAUACUUUUCACAUCUGAUAGGGGAAUCAAACCCCAGUCAUCUUGGUGACAAGUGAGUGUGUUAUUCACAGCACCACCUUACCACACAAACUAAACUCGAACUCUCGAAUAUAACUGAAUAAUUUACCCGGUUCUGACUGUUAUAAGUUACGCAAUUCAUAUACCAGUAUACGCUCACUACUAUCAGUAAAUAGAUACUGUAUUCAUAACAGUAUACACUUGUCACAUAACGAUAGGGAAGGUACUCGUGGAUUCCAGUUAUUGUCUAGACAAUUAUUAUUGAUUACUGCAUAUAUAUUAAUUUUAACUGAACUAUAUAUGAUGUCUUUAAAGUUCAUUUCAGUAAAUGUAAAGAUACAGUAUUCAUAAAAACAAUUACAAUAUAUAUAGAACUACAUGUAUGUUCAUUGUAUUUCAAGGCAUCAAAUCCAACAACUACCACCACCAGUAUUUUGACAUAUAUUUCAUUUCAGAAUAUUUUAUUGCAUACAUGUAGGUCUUACGUACAAUAAGAAUUGGGCACUAGGCAAAGCCUAUAAAACGGCCCUCCUUAUUUGAGAGAAGUUAUUUGUAAUAUAUUCACUGACAUACCGUAAACAUGUUUGUUUUAUUGGUUAUCACAGUUUUGAUUUUUUUUAUUAUAAGAUAACUGCAAAAUAAAAAUCCAAUCAUUUCUCCACUUUAAACAGUAAUGAGUGUUCCAUGUUAUCAUGUAAGAAGUGAGUCCUAGCUAAUGCAGAACACAAGUUUUCGUGAGCUUUCUAUUUGUUGUGAGAAGUAGGCACACCAGUACACUGAUGAGGUGUGUCACUGAAGAAUUAUUGCUGAUGUGCAGAAAUGCCAGUGUUUUAGGCGAACCUCAAAAAAAGGGAUGUUUUCAGUUUCCUUACUUAAUUUUUUUCAGUGAGAUAGUAGGUAGGGUGGGUUUUUUCAGAAAACUCACAUUUUCAAGUUUCGUUGAUAUUUUAGUAGGAAAAAAAAAAAUGUUUCCAAACCAAAGAUUUAAAACAAAAUGUGUGAGUAGGUGCCAUUUUUAGUGAGUUGGUCAGGAAGCUGCAAACAAGCAAUUUUUAAAGGAUGGCCUUAGUAUGUUUACAUUAUUGCCCUAGGAUAUGGUGCAUCUAUUAUCCCUUUCACCACUGUGGACCACAAUAGACUCAUCCAGAUAAGUGGAUGGUAGAGUCUUCUAAAGUUACUUAGGGGUGAAAGGGUUAUUAUAUAUUUAGCAAUAAACAUCUUUAAUGAUAUAUUGGAAUUUCAUAUAAACUGGAAUCCAUAUAUAUAAAUCUGCUCCCUUCACAACCAACCUACUCCGCCCUAUUUUGUGAUGAUGGCUGUUCCGUGGUGUUGUGAUUUAGACAGUGAGUUGUGAUAGGCUUACAUAAGCUGCUUUAACGUUAUGCCCUAUUUGGCACCUACAAGGUUGUACAUUUUCAUUUUUUUUUUAUUGUCAUUUUUAAGUUCAAUGUUUAAUUAAUAAUUGUUUUAAUUUUAUAUAGAUAUAUUAAAUGUGUAUUUGGUUUCUUUUGUCUGGCUUCUCCAGUACUUCUGUAUCAUUAUUUGUAUGUAUUCAUGUAUCCAUAUAUGUUUUUUAAGUUUUUAACUGCUGCUGCAUUGGAUUAAUAAUAAUACAGGUUAUAAAAGCGACUUCCCCCAGUCAGCUUAAUACUGUCUGAUGUUCAUGGUGGCCUAGGUAUGUUUGAUUGAUUGAUCAAGCUUGCUUGGUUGACACGAACAAAAUUCCUAAAACUUCAAAAUGCUUCCUGUUUAACUGUGAUAUCAAAAUGAAAAGACAGAAUGCCACUGUGACCUCAUAAAGACAUGACCUGAUUAAACUUACAUGAGAGUCUGUUGAAUCGUAAAGGGUGUGUGGGGUCUUCUUCUAUAGUACACAAAGGCUCCAUCAACACUAAUGAUUGUGCCUUCAGGAACCUGUGCACAGAGGCACGAAAAAAGGGAUUAUUUACAGUGAUUAAAUCAGUUUUAUUUUGUUUGUAACAUUUUAAUAAGUUACUUACAAUACAUUGUACAUGUAGUCAGAUGUUCAGCAUUAAUUUACAGGCUAUUGUAACAGCACAUGGAGGCUUUAUUAUCAGAAAAUCAGUAUAAUUAUUUAAAAUAUUUUUCAUAUUCAAAAAUUAAUCUACGGCAAAACUACUCAAAGUGUAUUAAUUUUAGCGUUAUUCCAAUGUUACCAGUUUUCGACAGUUUAGCUAAUUCAUGUCCAUAGCUAAAAUUAGACCAUGUAGCACCAGCUACACAAACUGUAAAAAAGAUUUUCCUGACUUUACCCUGUAUGUGUUAAAGUCUAUUGCUUAAACAAUAUUUGCGCUAGCCCUAACCACUUGGUUCUGCUAACAUUAGAGUGCGCUAAUAGAAGUACGCUUACAGUUUUAUCAUUACCUGACUUGGAAACUAAAAUGACAAACACUUUUCUUAAAUCACAUUAAGUUAAAUAGAUGAUUCAAUGUAUUUGGAAUAAUCUUUUAUUUAACCAGAUCGUAAUUCCCUUUAUGUACAGUACGCGGUGGUGAAUCUGAAGUAUUAUACAAGAAAAGGUUUUCUUAACAUUAAUUAUUGCCAUCACUGGUCCUAGUGGUCUCCCUUGUUUUGUGUUAGAACUCCCUUGUUUUGUGUUAGAACUCUGUAGCUUGUAUAUGACAUGUACAUUAAGUAUUAUUGUGUUCAUGGACUUACAUUAUGUACAUCAAAAUACUCAUUUAGCAUUUAAGUUUAUAAACUCAAUAUACUAGUCUCGAGGUACUUGUACAUGUAUAUGAAAUUAUUUCAAAGAAGAGUUAUCCAACACUUUUUAAAAAGGCAAUAUAUUUUUUUUUAAUCUCAAAGGAUGUUAUACAGCUGUGGGAACUGUAGCUCUAGGUCUGAUCGAUUUUUUUUUUGAUUUUUUUUGAUUUUUUAAUUUUACAUUAUCAGAGAUUAGCUGUAUGGUCAAAUAAUGUAAUAAAAAAUGGAAAUAAAAUAAAAUCAAUCAGACCUGGAGCUAUGGUUUCCGCAGCUAAAGAUGUUAAAUAUUGAAAUGUUUUAAAGCCGGUAAAGUAUUUUGAAAUAUUCAUCUAGAGUUUUAAAGCAAGGACAUAGGGUAUGAUAUAAAACAUCUAACAUUGCUGUAUACAUUGUUCAUGAUCAGCUGUGUCUAUAUUGUCUAAUACUCUUACAGUAAGUGUAUCAUAGUACUGAUCAAUAAACCAUCUCACAUUAA